GGGAGGAGCUGGCCAAGGAGCUGGCCAAGGAGCUGGAGAGGCUGCAGUCGGACCAGGCCAAGGAGCUGGAGAAGCUGAAGUCGGACCAGGCCAAGCUGAGAGCGGCAGGCACUUCCCGGUGCCAGCCUGGCUGGGAGCAGUACCGAGGGAGGUGCUACUUUUUCUCCACGACUGCCCAGCACUGGCAGGCAGCCAGAAGCUUCUGUUUGAGCCAGACUGCCGACCUGGUGGUGAUCAACGAUCAAAGAGAGCAGAAUUACUUGGCUGAUUCUGUUCGUCGCUGGAUCGGCUUCACAGAUCAAGGGACUGAAGGCGUCUGGCGCUGGGUGGACAAUACUCCUGCAGCAUUUACGUUUUGGGCCCCAGGGGAGCCCAAUAACAUGUACAGUUUGAACGUCAGAGAUGAGAACUGCGCCCACCUGCACGAGAACGGCCGGUGGAAUGACGAGCCCUGCAACUUGCACUACAGGUGGAUCUGCGAAAAAGCUGCUUCUGUCUAAAUGGCCGGAGUCCCGCCCUUGCUCUGAGCACCGGCUGAAAUGUACCUGGCCCACGAGGUGAACCGUUCCAGCCCCACACCAGUCCAUUAGGGUUACCAGCUUUCUAACAGCACAAACUGAACACCCUUGCCCUGCCCCAACCCAGCCCUGAGGCUCCACUCACACAAUCCCCCCUCCCUCCGCUGCUCGCUCUCCCCCACCCUCACUCACCUUCACCGGGCUGUGGCAGGG